CUCUAACUAUGGCGUGUUUUUAAAUUAUUUUUCGUAAAGUUCGCUAAGAUGUCAAAAGAUGAUGAUGAUGAUAACACCGAUAUCGAAUUACUACAUUCAAAGUAUUCAGUAACACGUGAAGUAUAUACUGUGAACAAGUUUUCAGAAGAGUAUCAUCGAUCAACUGAAGUGCGCAAACCCCUAUCUCUCUCUGCAAUCCUAAGAAGUUGUACAUGCUUGAGAUUUCUUAGUGUUUUAUCCUAUAUAUUUCCAUUUUAUUCUGUAUUGGCAUCAUUUUAUACAUUCCAAUCAUUUCUAUCAGAUGUAGUUGCUGGGAUAACAAUGUCAAUAGUUCAUGUACCACAAGGCAUGGCAUAUGGACUUUUAGCUGGAGCUAAACCUAUAAAUGGAUUGUAUACCUCAUUUUUUCCCUCAUUGGUAUAUUUUUUCUUUAGUACAUCACGCCAUGUAUCAGUAGGUACUUUUGCUGUUGUUGCCCUAUUGACGUCUGAUCCUGUUGACAGACUAGUCUCAAAAUUCGAUGCAAACAAUCGUUCUUUAGAAAAAUAUCAAGUUUUCAAUGAAACUCAGUUAGAUGAUUUUCGUGUUAAGAUUGUUGUGACUGUUUGUAUUCUAGGCGGAAUAUUUCAAUUCUUGUUAGGUAUAUUACGUUUGGGCAUGCUGGUUGUAUAUAUGUCAGCACCACUGUUAGGUGGUUUCACAUGUGCAUCUGCUGUCCACGUUUUCGCUAGUCAGCUGAAUGGAUUAUUUGGUAUACGUUUAAAUCGUGCUACAGGACCAGGUCGUAUUUUCUUUAUAAUAAUCAACUUUGUCAAAGUGGUCAGCAAAACUAAUUUAACCACACUAUUAAUGUCUUGUAUAUGUAUUAUAACUAUUUGGAUAUUCAGACAUUUUAUCAAUCCUAGAGUUACUGCGAAAAUACGCUUUGCAAUACCAAUUGAAUUAAUUGUGCUUGCUGUUUGUACUAUUAUAUCAGAGUUUUGUUCAUUAAAUGAAAAAUAUGGUGUCGCUAUUGUUGGUAAAAUUCCAGUUGGUCUACCAUCGCCAAUUGUACCUGAAGUCAAAUUGAUACCAGAAGUUUUAAUGGAUUCAGUGAUUAUUUCUUUUGUUGCAUUAGCGACAACAAUUUCAUUGGUGAAAUUAUACGCUACAAAAGAGGGUUAUGAUGUUGGCUAUACUCAGGAGUUGAAUGCUCUGGGAAUGGCCAAUAUAAUAUCUGGAUUCUUUCGGUGUCAACCAGCCUCUGGUGCUUUAGCUCGUUCCUCAGUUGCUUAUGGCGUUGGAAUGUGCUCCCAGGUUGCUUGUCUGAUAUCCUGUUCUAUUAUAUUACUUGUGGUUACUUUUGUUGGACAAUUUUUACAAAGUGUACCAAUGUGUACUUUGUCAUCGAUUAUUGUCGUCUCCCUUGAAACUAUAAUUCUACAAAUUUUAGACUUACCAAAGUUAUAUCGUGUUUCAGUAUAUGAUAUGCUUAUAUGGCUUGUAACAUUUCUAGCCACAACGUGUAUUGAUGUCCCGAUUGGUCUAGUCACAGGAUUAGGCUUUUCACUAUUAACAGUAUUGUAUCGUACACAGUCAUCAUAUUACUAUGAACUUGGUCAAAUUCCCGGUACAAAUAUUUAUGUGGAUGUGAAAAAAUAUGAUGAAGCUAUAAAACUUCCUCAUAUUAUUAUAUUAAAAUAUGGUGGACCGUUGUAUUAUGCCAAUGCUGAAUCAUUUCAAAAUUGGUUAAAUAAGACAACACAAAUGGAUCCACACAAAUUGAUAAAACAACAUCAACGUAGAGAAAAACAACAAAAAGAACAACUACAAAAGAAGAAGGGCGAGGAGGAGCAUAAGCAACAAUCGAAUGGAGAAGGUGAUGAUGAUGAUGGCAAUGAAGUACACCCUUCAAAUAGAAAAAAUUCGUUCACAUGUGGAAAUUUAUGUGCAUGGAUGAAAUGUAUAAAGAAGAAGAAGACUACCGCUGAUUCACAAUUUAAUGCUUUAACAAUAAAUAAUAAUGAUGAUGUUCAACCCAAUAUUACUGAACAAUUGAAAUUUAUUAUCUUAGAUAUAUCCUCUUGGACAUAUUCAGAUGUUGUUGGUAUGCGAACUGUGACAGAUAUAGUGAAAUGUUACGGUGAAUUAGGCAUUCGUAUUCUCUUCACUGCAUGUGAUCCACAAAUAAAGUCAGUUCUAGCCAGUGGUGGCAGUUUAACAUCAUCACAAAUUGACCAUAUGUCAUUUAUUAGUAUUCAUGAUGCUGUUAUCUAUUGCCAGAGUUCACUUUCUAGCAAUGAUUUGUGUAAAAAUACAUCUUCCAGUAAUAUGAAUAAUGCAUUGAAAAAUGAAUAUAUUGUAAAAGAAGACAGAUUAAAAUUAUCGAGAAGUAAAGAACUGCUUACUGUAACAUAUUGUGAUCCUGUGGUCAUUGAAGAUACCUACUUGGAGGAUGCACUGAUCAAGACAACGAAAUUAUAAUGGAGCUAUGAUGCCUUUAAUAACAUCCCCUUAAUGAUGAUUAUGUUGCGGAAAAAAAUUCUUCAUCUAUUUCGCAUUAUGUUUAAAUUUCAAUAAAUUAUCCAUUUUGAGAUUAAUUGGUACAAACAAAAACACAAAGUUAAAAACACAAUCAGUUAAACAAAUUGAACCGGAUCAGUAACCUCUCUCUCUCUCUCUCUGUAUGAGUAUGCGUGCGUUUGUGUGUGUGUGUGUCAGAUUUUGAUUUUGAACCCUAUUUUCCACACGCUAUCAACGACUGUGUGUGUGUGUGUGUGGUGUAUUAUCAGCUUUAUUUUCUGCUCAGAUCAAAUUUACAACUUGAUAGAUAAUUUGUGUAAAUUUAUUAUUAUUUUUUUCAUGUCAAUAAAGGAUAUUAGAAAAAGAUUGAGUUAUUGAGGAGGGUAUUCACUGUCUCGGCUCUUCAUACCAUCAUCACUUUCUAGUCUCUGCUCUGUAGUUUGUUUGUCUGUUUUUGUGUGUGUGUCUUUUUUUCACAUUUAGUAGUGUUACUGGUGCUCAAAUGCUCAAUGAUCUUUGAAUUGAAUGUAUAUAACAACGAUAUUUUCUUUUGAUAAAAAUGGAAUCCUUCAUUUGAAGAGAAAUUUAACAGAUUUACAAACAGAUUUACUAAAUAAACAUGCAAUAUACUUGUAGUUUUUUUUGUGUGUAGUUAGUUAUAUUUCAAUUCUAUUUUAUUUGAUUUGAUUACUGCUAAUCAUAAAUAACCUACUUUUGAAAUUUGUGUUUGUUUAUUUUAAAUUUAAAAAAUAUACAUAUUGGAAGAGAGGAAAAAAACAACAAAGAAAUUUAUUGU